CCAGGGCUGGCAUCAUGUCGGCCGCGCAGGUGUCCUCGUCCCGGAGACAGUCUUGCUACCUGUGCGACCUGCCCCGAAUGCCCUGGGCCAUGAUCUGGGACUUUUCCGAACCCGUGUGCCGGGGUUGCGUCAACUACGAGGGCGCCGAUCGCAUCGAGUUUGUGAUCGAGACCGCACGUCAGCUGAAGCGAGCGCACGGCUGCUUCCAGGACGGCCGCUCCCCCGGGCCGCCGCCGCCCGUCGGGGUCAAGACGGUGGCCUUGUCCGCUAAGGAAGCGGCGGCGGCGGCGGCGGCUGCAGCGGCCGCCGCACAGCAGCAGCAACAGCAGCAGCAGCAGCAGCAGCAGCAGCAGCAGCAACAGCAGCAGCAGCAGCAGCAACAACAACAGCUCAACCACGUCGAUGGUUCCAGCAAGCCUGCGGUGCUGGCGGCCCCGUCCGGCCUGGAGCGCUACGGCCUGAGCGCAGCCGCUGCCGCUGCUGCUGCCGCCGCCGCUGCCGUGGAACAGCGAAGCCGGUUCGAGUACCCGCCGCCGCCGGUGAGCCUGGGGAGCAGCAGCCACGCCGCGCGGCUGCCCAACGGCCUGGGGGGCCCAAAUGGCUUCCCCAAGUCAACCCCCGAGGAGGGGCCCCCGGAACUGAACCGCCAGAGCCCCAACUCGUCCUCGGCGGCGGCCUCGGUGGCGUCUCGGCGUGGGACGCAUGGUGGGUUGGUGACAGGGUUGCCCAACCCAGGGGGUGGCGGGGGCCCCCAGCUGACCGUGCCCCCGAACCUGCUGCCGCAGACGCUGCUUAACGGCCCAGCCAGCGCCGCGGUAUUGCCCCCACCCCCGCCCCACGGGCUGGGCAGCCGCGGUCCCCCGACGCCCGCGCCCCCCGGAGCUCCCGGGGGCCCUGCUUGUCUCGGGGGCGCCCCAGGCGCUACGGCUACUGCGUCCUCGGCGGCGGCGUCUUCCACCUCGUCGUCGGUGGCCGAGGUGGGCGUGGGUGCCGGUGGGAAGAGGCCCGGCUCGGUGUCGAGCACGGAUCAGGAGCGCGAGCUGAAGGAGAAGCAGCGCAACGCCGAGGCCCUGGCGGAGCUGAGCGAGAGCAUGCGGAACCGCGCGGAGGAGUGGGCCAACAAGCCCAAGAUGGUGCGGGACACGCUGCUCACGCUGGCCGGCUGCACGCCCUACGAGGUGCGCUUCAAGAAGGACCACUCGCUGCUGGGCCGCGUGUUCGCCUUCGACGCCGUCUCCAAGCCCGGCAUGGACUACGAGCUGAAGCUGUUCAUUGAAUAUCCCACGGGCUCGGGCAACGUGUACUCCAGUGCGUCCGGGGUGGCCAAGCAGAUGUACCAGGACUGCAUGAAGGACUUCGGUCGGGGCCUCUCCUCUGGCUUCAAGUACCUGGAGUACGAGAAGAAGCAUGGCUCCGGGGACUGGCGCUUGCUUGGGGACCUGCUGCCCGAGGCUGUGCGCUUCUUCAAGGAGGGCGUGCCAGGCGCUGACAUGCUGCCCCAGCCCUACCUGGACGCCAGUUGCCCCAUGCUGCCUACCGCGCUGGUGAGCCUCAGCCGCGCCCCCAGCGCGCCUCCAGGCACUGGGGCCCUGCCACCUGCCGCGCCCUCGGGCCGGGGUGCAGCCGCCAGUCUGCGCAAGAGGAAGGCAUCCCCCGAGCCCCCGGACUCGGCCGAGGGCGCGCUGAAGCUGGGCGAGGAACAGCAGAGGCAGCAGUGGAUGGCCAACCAGAGCGAGGCCCUGAAGCUCACCAUGUCGGCGGGGGGCUUUGCGGCGCCGGGCCACGCCGCAGGGGGGCCGCCGCCGCCGCCCCCGCCCCUGGGACCCCAUUCCAACAGGACCACCCCGCCGGAGUCAGCCCCCCAGAACGGGCCGUCCCCGAUGGCCGCCCUCAUGUCGGUGGCAGACACUCUGGGCACGGCGCACUCGCCCAAGGACGGCAGCUCCGUGCACUCUACCACGGCGUCCGCCCGGCGCAACAGCAGUAGUCCAGUGUCGCCUGCCUCCGUGCCCGGGCAGCGCCGCUUGGCGUCACGUAACGGGGACCUGAAUUUACAGGUGGCUCCCCCACCACCUAAUGCCCACCCGGGCAUGGACCAAGUGCACCCCCAAAACAUUCCGGAUUCCCCUAUGGCCAACAGCGGACCCCUCUGCUGUACCAUUUGCCACGAACGUUUGGAGGACACGCAUUUCGUUCAGUGCCCCUCCGUCCCUAGCCACAAAUUCUGCUUCCCUUGUUCUAGAGAGAGUAUCAAGGCCCAAGGGGCCACUGGCGAGGUGUAUUGUCCCAGCGGAGAGAAAUGCCCCCUAGUUGGGUCGAAUGUACCUUGGGCCUUCAUGCAGGGCGAAAUCGCGACUAUCUUAGCUGGGGAUGUUAAAGUGAAAAAGGAAAGAGACCCUUGAACCACAGGGCCACCACCUACUUUGCCCUAGACCAGUUCCUCUCCCAUCCAGAGCGCCCCACCCCCACGCCCCUCCCCUUCCCUUUCUCCACCCCUCCAAGAUGUAGAAUUGUGAAUAUAACAAACUGCAAAAAGUUAGUCUUAUGUAUAGACAUUAUUUUCGUCGUAUGUUUCUAUAUUUUGGAACAAAGGUAUGUAACUUCUUCAUUUGAAGGAUAAGCUGGUUUGUGUUAAGCAGUAUAAUAUUGGUUGGGUUAUUCGCAUCAUAAUCGUUAGCAUUUACUUGGUGGCAGAAUGUUUGCCUAGGUACAGAAUUAAUAGCCCUUAGCAACCACUGCUGCUGGUGUGUAUUUUUGUAAAUGUUAUGCACUCUGAAAGGAAAAACACACAUGAAAGAAAAAGACUUUUUUUGUUGUUUUGUUUUGCCAAGGCCAGUGUUGCUGCCUAAAAAAAAAUUAAUAAUAUUAAUGAUGAUGCUAUAAAAUGGUGAAAGCUUCUUUCUAAACAGCCCCAAGUGUUGAGGUCUUCACUUAAUUUUGUGUUCUGUUCUGUUUUGUUUUCCUGUUUUGUUUGCAAAAUGGUAUAGGGGGAUGUUGGGGGAGGGCCCGGGUGUUUUUUUGUUGCAAGUUUGUGAAGGGGGAAAUGUUUUGGUUUGUUUCUACUGACCUGAAUGUGUUGGAUCUUCACGUGUUGUUUUGUUUUUUGCUUUAUUGAUGCACGGAUGCUUUUGAACAGUAGAGCGAAAUGCUAGACAUGGAGAACCUGCUCUGUUUGUCCUUUAUACAUUUCUGUAGUUAACAGAACACUGUAAUGUGCCUUGGAGCUUAGUAACUUGUAAUAAAUUCAAUUGAUAUUAA